AAUAUAAUGAAAAAGUCAAAUGAGAAUGAAAGAAUAGCUUAAAAAAUAUAUGUUUCUUAGAUAUAGAAAUUGUAAGGUAAUAUAUUAGAAAAGAAACUUUCUAAAGUAUGUUCAAAAUAAAAAUUUGAGAGCCAAUCAUAAAAUAUCUCUAAUAACAACAGUCCUGUAAUGGGACGUUAAUAGUCAUUUGAAAAUUUAUAGAAGGUGAAUGGAACAUUCAUAAAUCCAACUCUUCAGGUACCUCAACAAAAAUUGAGUAGCAUUUUAAAUGUUAUUGCAGGCUAACAGACUAAACCUAAAAUUUAGAGUUUAUUUACCAAUGAAGUAAUGGAUACUGUGAAGAUUUCUCAUAAAUUAAGUAAGAAUUAAUCUAUGAUCUAAAUUGAUCGAUAAUCACCAUAAUUAACAAAGAAUUCUUCGUUUCAUCGACCUAAUUCAAGUGUCAAAAUAAAGAAUAUUAAUAGUCUAUCUUCUGAAUAAUCGUAAUUAUAAAAGAUUAAAGAUAACAUCAAAUUACUAUUAUAAUAGAGAGACAAUAAUUGGUAACAAGAUCAAAAGGAGAUGACUUUCAUGAUAAAAUUAAAUUAAUCUUUAAACCAAUUACUUUCAAUAAUUUUUUAAGACUAGCCAAAUACUUAAGCGACUUCUACUUAAGAUACAAAUUCUGGUGUUCAAUUAGAUCAUUUUUUUAAAAGAUAAAUUACAAUUCUAUAAUAAUUUUACACUUAAUAAGUGGAGAAGAAAAAAUUAGAAAAUAUUCUUACUUCAAUAAAAAGAAAACAUGAAAAUGUUCUUAUAGAGUACAACUAAUUAUAAGAAUAGAGGAAAUCUGAGGAAGAUAAAGUGAAAAAUUUGGAAUCUCAAAUCUAAGGGUUACAAUCUAAAAUAUAUACAUAACAAAUGGAAAUAAAAAAUGAGUAAGGUAUAUAUGUAAUCAUUAUUGAUAGAAUUUUUGGAAUUGAAGUAUCUUGUUCAAGGAUAAUUUGAAGCAAUAUAAAAAUUAUUACAAAGAGAAUAAUUGACAAAAAUAUUUUUAAAGAGAGUUGGAGAUAAUUCUAUUUUAGAGUAUUUUUUAUGAUAUAAUUCAGGAUGUUUGAUUAAUUUAUCUAAAAUGCUGAAUAAACCAAUAUGGAUGAUACAGAAGGGAAUUUAAAUAUAGAUAUUUUACCAUCUAAUAAAUUAAUUUCACAAAAAAAAUAAGCAAAAUUAUUGGAUCAUAUGAGCUUACCAGAAAAGAUUAUUUCUUAAUAUGAAGAAAAUUAUAAAUUUUAAUUGAAUUUAUGUGACUCUUUAUUAGCAGAUGAUUCUAGUAAUAAUUUUAUUCAUAUAUUAUUAGGAGUGAAUGAUUCAGAGGAAAGCAGUUUUGGUUAUAUGGGAAAGGAGCAGGCGACUGAGAUUAGUUAUUAUUUUAAUGAUGCUGAAUAACUUAUUUAAGUUUAAAAUAAGAGAAACAGAAUUCAGACAAUUUCAAAAGAGAAAUUAAAGAUUAAUAUGAUGGAUGUACAAUUGGCAUAGGCAGUGUAAAUAUUUAUAUAUAUUAAAUGUGUAGUUAUAAACAUUAAGAAUUAGUUGAAUAAUAAUAAUAAUAAUAAUAACAAAAGAUACUUCCUGAUUAUUUGAUGGAUAAUGAAAAUGAAGAAUCAGAAGAGAAUUUUUGUUAUUAAGAAUAAUAAUUUUGA